AUGGACUGCAAUAAUGACAGCAGCGCCGUCACCGGAGGUGGUGGUCUAAUGGAAUCAUUGUCGUCAACGUCUUCUUCGCCGUUUUCAUCUUCUUCGCCAGAAAGAUGGCAUGACACUACUACUAUCAAGGGUCCAGUAAGAAACAAAAGAACGUGGACGCCAAAUGAAGAUGAAAAGUUAACUAAUGCAUUGAUGGAGUUGCAUGCAACUGGUAAGUAUGCUGCUGACAAUGGAUUCAAACCCGGAUACUUUCAAGCGGUUCAAAAUUUGCUAGAUAAAAGUCUUCCGGAUUCUGGGUUGAAGGUUGAAUCUCACAUAAAGUCUAGAAUAAAGACAUUGAAGACUCACUUUAGCAUUAUGCAUGACAUGAUAAUUGGUCCAAGCACAAGUGGAUUAGGCUGGGAUUUCGAAAAAUGUGUUGUUAUUGCCGAUGACGUCUAGGAUGAGUAUGAAAAGAGUCAUAAAGGUGCGUCGCUCUUUAGAUUUCCUUAUUAUCCUAAACGUUGCACCAUCUUUGGUAGAGACAGACCUACAUGUUUGCGGGCUACUGAUCUUAGUGACGAAGAGAUUAUAGUUGAAACACAAGAAACUAUGCCGAUAGAAAUUGAAGACGUAGAUGACAUAGGCGUGGAUUCUGUAGGAUGA